AAAAAGACUGUGUCAAGAAGAAUCAUUCAAACGCUGAAAAGUCAACGAUCAUCGGUUGUUUUGAGCGGUGGCUUCCCGUGACACUUUGGGUGGGUGACCCCUGGCAUCUGUAGCCAGUUUGGCUGCACAUCAAAGGCGAUGAUGUUGAAACUGCUGAUAGCGGCGUGCCUGGUGACGCACGGCCUUGGCCGGCCCGAUGUUUCUCACCUUCUGAAGCGCGAAAAUCAACGCCAGAACGAUAGAGCCUUUCAUCCGCUGGAAUAUCUCAGUCAGCACUUGGGGAAUGGUGGCGAGUUUGAGGCCCGUGCCGCCACCGCUAGUGAGUACAAUGUGUUCAAUUAUUUAACAGCAUUUAAUGAAACGGAAAUUAACGGUCUUGAAGGCAGAUCAUCACCAUCAUCUGGCAGCGGAAGGCGAGCUGGCGGAAGAGCGUUUAGAAAUGUCGUGAAACCGUCGCCUUUCAAGAAGAAUGCAGCUGAGUUUGGGUACACCUACGAGAAACCUGCGGAUCCAUUCGAUUUCCCGAUACAUCCGGAUGCUAACUUGAUCAAGCCUGUAUCAACUCAGGCUCCGGAAUAUCUUCCUCCUGUGAGUCAAAGUCCCCAAGGUCCAGUAGACGAGCAGUCUGCUGAUUCUGGAUUGCCGUCUUCAUCACCAUAUCCUGGAUCAGUUCCCGAUGUGAUAGCAACUGAAGGACCUCAAGGACCGAGUGGUUCAACAGAUGCACCGGAAUUAGGUUUUAGUAAUUCUGUAAGCUCAGGAAGGCCAUCUACACCAGAGUCUACUCCAAGUCCAUCAAUGUCACAAUCUCCGCAAGAUGGUUACAUGCCGCAAGGACCAACGUCAAAACCAGAAGACCUAGAUCCAGGAUAUCCACAAGGAUCUACAGACGAUGAUACAUUUACAGGGUAUCCCCCAGCGUCAAGUCCUAGACCUGUAGCUUCUUCAAGCUCCUCAGCCGAUGUGUCUCAACAACCUGAAUCGCAAGUAACCACCGAGAGUACAUUCACUGAUUAUCCUCAAGGUCCAAGCUCUCCAUCGUAUCAACCUAGUCCCGAGUCUACACCUGGAUCUUCUAUCUCUUCAACUGACUACCCUCAAACGUCUACCGGUUCUAGUUUGCCCGAUCAACGGCCAUCAACUGAGCAGGAAUUCACUGGGUAUCCUCAAGGUCCUAGUUCAACUGCGUCGCCUGAUCAAGGCUUCACCACUUCAGCUAGCCCAUCGUCAACUGUUUUGCCACAAGCACCAAACCAACUGCCAGAAACUGUAUUUACUGGAUAUCCCCAAGGCCCUAGUUCCACAGUUUCACCUAGUGAUGUCCCAACGACUACAGAAGAGCAAUUCACUGGGUACCCACAGGGUCCAUCUUCGCCAAGUACCACAACCGACAGCCCUGCCACCGGUUCCACCCCCGUUCUUCUUACGACGGAGGCCACUGAAUCAGAUAAACCUAUCCUUCCACCGAACCUAAAUGAGGUGCUCGGCGAACCAUUUGACAUCAACGAUCUCGCAACCACUACGCAGCCGACAACGACCACCACCCGGAAAACGGCAGAUGGUGCUUUCAUUCCACCAAAACCACGUCCGGAAUUGGUGGUUCCAAAUGAGCCGAGUACUUCGCAAACUCCCGAACAAACGGAACAACCGUCAACUCCAUCGAUGGUCACUUCAACGCCGGCAGCCUCACCCGGAAAUGUACCAUCUACGUCCGCUCCAGAAUACCUACCUCCGGAAGGCGAUAUCGCCCAGAAACCAUCAAGCGGUGCUCCAACUGGUGAUGUUGGCGAAUCCUCCACUGCGGCCGGUUACCCGAGCUAUAGUUCAGAAACCACAACCUUCGCAGGUUAUCCUAGUUCCGAUCGUGAAACAACAACAACUUCCCGUUAUCCAGUUGUCGACCAAGAUCCGAGUCAAGAAACCACAACUUUCGGAGGUUAUCCUGCUGCAGAUCAAGAAUCUACCCCUGGAUUCGGUUACCCAAGUUCUGAUCGUGAAACCACCACUACUGUCAAAUAUCUGGAACCGGAACAAGAAUCUCUUCCUGGAUCGAGAUAUCCUAGUUCCGAUCGUGACUCUACGACUUCAACAAGCUCUCCCAGUGCAGGCGUUGAAACUUCUCCUUCUUCUGGAUACCCCAGCUCAGACAGUGAUAGCACAACUCCUGGAUACCCGGAACCUGCUCGAGAAACCACAGCCGCUUCAGGAUUACCAAGCGUGAGCCAGGAAACCACGACCACGUCUCAAUAUCCAAGUGAGGAAUCCGGCCCAGCUGAACAAGAAACAACCACUUCCGGAGGAUAUACAAAUGCCCAGGGAUCUACAACUACCGUAGCUCCAGAAUACACUACGGUAUCUGGUGCCACUACACCUGCUCCUACAACAGCUCAGGAGUAUUCUCCUGAUCAGCCUUCAGGCCCCACGUCGACUGCAGCUCCUGAGUAUCUUCCACCAGAAGAUGCUAACUCUACAGAUCAGUAUUAUCCACCCGCGGCUAACGCUACAGCAGAAUUUCCUUCAUCACCUUCCACAAGUGCUCCUGAGUACCGCCCGGAGCAACCCGUUCGUCCAACAAUACCUUCAGACAACCUUUUCAAUCAAACCGUUCCUGCAAGCCCAGACUACCCAUCUACACCACCACCUCAACAGCCCGAAACUCCCGUCAACAUCAUGGACAUAAUAUCCGAAAUCAACGGCAUGGUUCCCGAUAGCAGACCCAACAAUGGCUACCUACCGCCAAACCAACAGAAUACGAUGGAUCUACGGAUCGUCGUUGAUGACACGAUACCAUCGGGCCAAUCGAGCAGGAGUCCCGUGCCGGAGUCAGAAGCCGACGGAUCCGAACUGCAGCCUAGGGUAGCGCCCGUGGAGUCUGCCAACGGAGGCUACAACUACCAAGUGCCGGACCAACGGUUACCCACUCCGGUGAUACCUUCGCACACCCUCGAUGACGAGGGCUACCACUAUCGAAUUCCCAAAGUUCCUUUCCUUACCUAGGUUUAUUGAAUUAGCUGUGUAGUUCCCGACAUCCUCAUCAUCAAACAUCACCAUUAUUGGUUCUCCAUCCAAAUUCUACCUAGUUGGACCGAUGUCACGACUUUGACAUGACGACCCGCCACGUGGACUUAUUUAUUUUGUUUUUCAUCGGUCACCUCAUCAGUUCUACAACGACGGGUCCCAUCUGCCAUCAUUAGGUACCCUACUCAUCGGAGCCGUUACGGUAGUGUUGUUUUGCUCUUGGGGUUGCGACUUUUUUUUUGGGAAUGGCAGCGAUUGGCACACUAAACACACACACGACCGAUGUGACGGUGGAUUAUAAUGAGCCUACCUGCUGCUGUGGGAUGGUGGCGAUGCGAUGGUGUUACGUAAUUGGUAGGGUCGCGAAUCGAACGGGUUCGCUGGGGUCAUACUGAGAAGUUUGGUGUCGUCUUCCCCGGCAGCGAUGGUGACGGAUCUUUUUUUAUGGGUUUGGGUGCUUGGUUUGGAAAGAAAAUGCACUGGGUAUGGUGUGAUGCAAAUGUAGGUUGCACGUUAGGACAGAAGUGAUAGUUUCGCUUUUUUGGUGUCUUGAUAUUCAGAGUUCAACGUUGAAAUCAGUACACAAUACACACUGCUACCAGAUCAUUGUACUUCAGAAGACCAGACAAAUGCACACAUCUAUUACGAUGCUUAAAAUUAGCUUAGGACAGGUCCAACUUUAUUUACUCUGUGUAAUACAUCGGAGAGACCCAAAAAAAUUCUUUGCAGUCAAUGGUAGUUCUAAUAAAGACUAUGAUAAUCUCUUGGAAGAGACUUGGAAUCUCUGAGUAGAGAUUCUGCGGAUCUCUCAGCUGAGAUUAUCUCUUGAUUGAGAUCCUGGGAAUCUCUCAGUAAAGAUUCUGCAAAUAUCUUUGUAGAGAUUCUCUCUUG